AUGGUCAAUGUUAUAACGAUAAAUCCGUCACCUUUGUUUCAAAUACGAUUGGAAAACGAUGAUCUUACGAUGAGUGGGUCUCAAUCCGAAUCAGUCGGUUGUAUCCUACGUGGACAACUCGUUCUGGCAAUAACUGAACCUGUUAAGGUCAAAGUAAUUAAGCUUAUAUUCCAAGGAAAAUCUAAAAUCUCAGUAAAAAAAGAAUGCGAUACAAAUGUGACUGAUUAUUGCGAGGAAAGGGUAUUAUAUCAACAUGAUUGGGUCUUCCUCUCUGCACAAAAUAAAUACCAAGUACUCAACCCUGAUAAUUAUUAUUGGAAUUUUGAGCUCGUCCUGCCUGGAACCUUAACCGAAACCAUUGAUACCUGGAAUGAAAGUUACGUCCGUUAUAGUCUUAAAGCUGUCGCCGAGAGACCUUUUUUUUCCCCAAAUAUCCACACCGAACGUAAGGUCCGGAUAAAUAGAUGUUUGAUAUCAAAUUUCCUUGUCUCUCUGCAGAGCAUGUUCGUUCAUAAUUCCUGGGAAAACAAAGUCGAAUACGAUAUUUCUGUUGGUUCAAAGUACAUUUGUUUCGGUGGCAGGAUUCCAAUAGAAAUUGUUCUCAAAUCUUUAAUGUCAGAAUAUAAAGUUUUUCAAAUUUCCUAUGGUUUCAAAGAGAUAGCGACCUAUAACAUUAGAUCAAAAAAAGUUACACGUGAACGAAUUCUUUAUUCUACGAAAGAUCAAUCAGUUCCUUAUUAUGAAGGAACUUGGACUAAGAAUGAAAAAAUAUUGAUUUCAAAAUCAUCGUGUUUAGCCGAUUCAGAGAAUGGGCAAAUUCAAAUUCGACACGAACUAAAUUUUAGCAUCAUAAUUUUAAAUGAAAAGGAUAUGCAAUUUACCGAACUUCGUAAUUCUUUGCCGGUUGUCAUUACAUGCCCAAUUAGUAGUACCGAUGAUAUAGGACUUCCUGCAUACGAUUAUCACUGUUUGGAUAAAGGAGUCCCCGAAGAUUCAUCGUCUUUAUAUUCAGAUACAAAUUCACCACUGGCGGGUGAAUUAGAUAACGUAGAUCUAAAUUCUUUACCUUCUUAUGAUAGUAUAUCUUCUUUAAUACCUACUCCUGUCAUUGAUACUAUAUUACCACCAUCCUAUGUUCUAUAA